AUGUCCAGAGUUGAACGCGAGAAACUCUUCUUACAGAUCGACGUUCAGAACCUCACACAGGAAUCGAUGUGGUUUGAGAGAUUAGAAUUCAAGCCGGUGGAUGGCUGGACCUUUACGGAUGCUAACGAGUCGAGCAUCGAAGCUCGUCAGGCCUUUACGGGUCCUAAGACCCUCGUCCAGCCACAGGAUACAUUCCAGUACAUAUACACCUUGAUACCUGCGGUUGUUCCCCGGUUUCUCAUUAAAACGGCUCCCGGUGUGGUCAUUCCUCUGGGUCGACUAGACCUUGCCUGUCGAACAACGUUUGGAGAGCCAGGGAGACUCCUUACAUCGUUGAGUGUUCUAUGCUAUCCAGGCGUGUUCCCCAAGCACCCCCUCCUCCCAUCCAGUCGGCGCUUCCUCCACAUGUCCAAAAAGGGUUACUGGCCAGAUUCAGUGACCCCAGUCCCCCGCUAA